GAUUGCGCCCUUUAUUGAUACAAUACAAGAGAUCACCAAUUAUUUAUUAUCCAAAAAGCAAGUCAACUUUGCUUCACUUGAAUUGCAACCGUGGAACAUAUCUCCGGGAGUAGAAUUACUUCACGGAGCGAAGCAAUCAAGAAUCAUCAUGUAUAUAAAGUCUAGUAUGUAAACGACCUUUCCCUUCGGAUCCCCCUUUCAGCGCAAAAGAAACUAUAUAGACGCUUCUCGCCAUCGGGAAGUGAGAGCGUGAACGCGAAAAGGAUCUCCAUCUCUCCAGGCACUCAACAUAUAGACCCCAGUCCGACUCGACAGUCGUUCGUCCGAUCAGAGUUACAUUUGGACGAGUGCGCGCGCGAUGGUGCGGUCGAUAGGAUGUACCAUGUAUAUACUAUGUACAUACAUACAAAUGGAGCAAGGUGAAUGUACAAACGGAGCAAGACUGCUCGCCGCGCAUGGUCCGUAGGUAGGCACAGCCACGGACAGGUAUAGGAUUCGUGUCAUUUCGGCCGUGAGGAUUACAGCUCGGUUGGAAUCGCAAACCAUGGAGUUUAAACCGUGAAAAUGGUCGCCUGAAAUGACGGUGUCAAGGACCGACGAGGAUUCUUGCAUGUGUGAUCGAUCUAAAAGGGAUGUUGUGUUCUUAGAAGGAGUGGGUAUUGGUACAUGUAAAUCUUUAGACUGACGACUGCCAAAGUGAUUUCGGUGGCUUAGAAUAGGUUAUUCACAGGAUUCGUCCUGCGAAUAUAUCAUUCCAAUUGACUCUUCAAGUGUUACUUCCGAGGGAAAUAGUGUUCGGUGCUUGUACGAUGUUUGUUUGAUGACAAAAGUUGUUCACGUGCUGUUUUUAGAAUUGUACUAAGUUAUAAUAACAAAAACUCUCAAAUCGAUACCGAAGUAAUAAAAGGAUAUCUGUGUGUUAUCCUUUUUUAUAUAUUAUUUCGAGGAAAAGAUUCACGCUGUAUGAAAAAAAUGGAUUAUUUAAAGUCAAUCCCUCGGUGCUCUUUCUUAAUGUAUCCAAAAUACCGGAUGACAAUGGACAAUUUGAGAGAUUUGCAGGGGUUCGAAAGUUUGAUAAAAACUUUAAUCUAUCGUAAAUAUUUAUUGUCGCAAAUCUUAAAUAAAAUUUACAGUCUUCACAGUACGUUUGUCAAAGUGUAUUAAAGUAUAUAUAUACUCGCUUUGGGAAAUGGAAGGCACUUUAACGCGCCGACGAACGUAACGGAGAAUCCUGGCGCGGCGGAGGUCCGUUACUUUCGAGAAGGAGGUAAGAGAGCGAAGUAAAAGAAAAAAGUGGCGAUACUCUGUUGGUUACCAUAAUUUUACCUUGGCAAUUACGAAAGAACGCGACUAACAAUAAAAUCAACAAGCAGGAUAACAAAGAAUUGCGAAACUCAUAAUUUCUCUAAACUCGUAAUUGUCCUCUGAGGCUCGCCAAAUUGCACAAACGAUUGUGAAAGCCAAUACAUAUAUACGUAUGUGUAUCUUACUUCGAAUUAAUUUGAAUGCAAAGUUCAGUUUUAUGGAAAUUUUACGGUAAGAGUUUCUUUUGACAAUAAAUUUUGUGUAAAUAUUCUAACAAGAGAGUUUUCCUGCGAGAGUAAACACAGUGAAAGUUCAAAUAUAGUGUGAAUUGGAGAAGUGUAUCUGUCGAGAAAACUCUUAUUUAUAUGUGAAAUAGAGACGAAAGAAGAGUAAAAUAUUAAGAUCGGUGUAAGAACUGUAUAGUUUCUGUGGUGUUGUAAGAAUUUUGUCAAGAAAAUUACGAAUUGGCUUCGGAGAGAUAUACAUAUGCGUCAAAGAAUCAAUAAUGUGGAAAUAUGCCGUAAAAUUAUACAAGAAUGUUCAAUACACCAUUUAUUAUCCUGAAACAAAUCAAUGAUAAUAUAACAUUAAGGUAUACAAUUUAACGGAUUGGAACGUCGCAAAUCUUGACAUUAUAUCGCAUAACGAAAAACCCUAGAACCGAGAACCAGGGAACCGGAAACCAAAAGUCAAUUGAAUCAAUCGGUGGGAUCGUCCCGGAUGGGAGUACCCGAGUUAUCGAAUGUAGCGAUAAUUUCCUUAGGGCCACACCUUCUGAUAGAAAAGAACGAAUGAUGGACCGUCAUCGCAGAAUCGACAGAUAUGGCACCAGGGAGAUGCGUCACUCAAGAAGCGAGGAUCUUUUGGGCGCGAUCUCCAGAUCUCCCAGUCCGAACAUCGAUUUACCCACUGCUACAUCCGAGGACGAUCUGAUCGCGGCCAGCGGUCUCCGAGACUCGGGUAUCUACGAUGAGGCUGGGGUUAGCAUCGGCGUCGCGGGACCCUCGCAAUGUAUCCUUUCGUCGCCGUCCAGAAUAGUGGGGGUGCCCGUCGACCCAGAGGACUCCAUUCGCGAUAUUGUUACUGAAAAUGAUUUGUACAGAUAUGUCCUAUUCAAACGGCAUUAUGACAAAUACGUGGAUCUCGCCGAAAAGUAUAAGGAAGCAAAGAAUAUCACGUAUUAUCUGGAGGAACGUUAUCAUGAGAUCAAGGCUGAACGAGAUAGACUAGAGGAGACUCGUAGGAAUCUGGAAAGACGGUUGGAGAAUUGCGAGACGGAACUCCGUGGAAAAGAAGACGAGCUUUUUAUACAACUGGAGAGAAGUCUCCGAUUAGAAGAAGAGAUCGAACGCGCGAAGGCCGAAAAAGAUAGCUAUAUAGAGGCGCAAAAUCGACUGGAGCAGCAACGGGAGUCAGCCUUUCGUCGUUUGCAGAUGCAGCUCGAGGAGAAUGAGACCACAAGACGGGAUCUCGACAGAGCGCGUCAAGAUGUUAUCCGACAGGCCACUAUUAUUCGCGCUGAAAGAGACACCUUGGAAAGAGAGAAUGAAAUGUUGCGGCAGAGACUCAGAGUGGAGCAGCACGAAUUGGGAGCCGAACGACGCCGUCGAGAAGAAGGCGUUGCUGCACUGACCAGGGAGACUAUUGCAUUGAAGCACGCUACUCGUCACUUGACUGCCGCAACGUUUCACGCAACAUCCUGCCGAAAUCGUCGCCGAUGUUCUAUUUGCACAUAUGCCAGACGCACUUUUGCCAACGUCAACAAUUAUCGUGACAAUGGAAAUCUCUUGCAGUGCCUUCAAGCACCCUCACAAGAUCUUCGUAGCUGGUUACGACCUAGCGCGAUUCAGUCGUCGUCCCGAGUUCCGCGAAUCGUGUCGUCCAUGGCCGAUCGUGAAAUCUGUUACAUCGACGACUCCAGCGUCGACAGUAGCAGCAAUGACAGCACCAACAGCCGCAGCUGCAGCAGUAGCAGCAGCAGCAGCAACAGCGCUUACGACGACGAAGCCUAUCCGAAUACUCCGAUAGCCGAACCCUCUCUCUCUUCGGCCACUUCCAGUGUUCCUCACACAGUCAGAGCUUUCUCUUCGGAUUCAGGGUUCUCUUCGGAGAUGGGAGAUCGUAAAUCGCGAUGCUUCAAUAAUGCUGGUAGUAGCAUCAGCAGCGGCAAGAGCAGAAACAUCAGCGAGUCGUUAGACAGUAAUGAGGUCAAUGAUCAGGCCGUGACUGGAAGAGACGGGCUUACCCGUUCGAGAUGGACUUCCUCUUUUCGCAGAUUGCUUGGACGAAAGUCGAAGAAUAAGCUCGAUCGUUCCUUGGAUAUAAGUAAGACUGAUGAACCGCGAUGAACUUAUAACUAUUUAUAUUGUGCCGAGACAAGAACAAUUUAUUACAAGUACAUUUUCCCAUUUCUUCUUCUCCUUUCAUGACGAGUUUUGCGAAAGAAAAAAACGAAAUUUAUUCGAAAUGAAAUAGAUCUUUCACGAACUGAUUCGAAUUUUAUCAGAAGGUAACAAGAUUAUCUAGAUGCGCAUGUCAUAUUUAUUAUUAUGAAAAAAAUUGGAGAUAUGAGAAUUUAGAGAUUUGUAGAAACUCUUGCAUUUUUUGAGGUAGUAAUCAAUAAUAAUUAACACACACGUUUCGAGAAAACCUGUUGUUUCUGAAAAUAUAAUCUUAUCUCUUUCAAGAUUUAAUUAUUAUUUGAAUUAUAAUAGCAAAUUAACUUUGGAAACAAUGCAGAUAUCUUGUAAAAUAUUAAAAAAAACUUUUGUGAUUUUUUUUCAGAGCUUAUUAAUAUCUUCUUCUCUUUAUUAGUAAUGCGUAUAGCGGAAUUUUGUAAAAAAAAAAUCACAUAUCCUACCUCUCAGAAUUUAAAAAUCCUAAAUGCAAAUUCUGAGAUUCUCUCUCCACAACGUAGGAAUUGAAUUUUAAAUAAGUUAGAGAAUUGAAAAAUUACGUAUUAUAUAUAUAU